CCGCCCCUCCCCGGCUCGCCCCGCCCGCGCUCCCAAGGGCAGAGUCGGGAGGGGGUAGUGGUGCCGAGUCCCGGAGCCGCGCGGCUCUGCCACCCGCUGACGCACGGUCGAAAAGUUGCGCUCCAACCUUCUCCCUCCUCCUACUUUCUUCCUGGGGCCUGGCUGUUUGUGGAGUUGGAGCCGGGCGGGGAGGAGCCGGCUCCCCACACCACCCGGUGCCCGGCGCGGGUGGCGGCUCGGGGGCGCGCGUCCCCAGGACUGCAGCACAAACUUUCCCGGCUGUUUGGGGAUACUUGUCCGGAGAGUCCCGCACUUGGAGGGAGGAGGAGCCGGGUCCGCGGACAGAUCUUGGAAGCCUUCUUCUGGGAGUUUCCAGAAGUGCCCAGUGUUGGAGAAAUCUUUUCUGUCGCUCUGGUACAGUGGAGAGAGCAAAUACAGCUCAGCAGUAGGCUCCUGAAGAGAGCAAUCACAGUGGUUCCCAGGACCUUCGGUUCUCUCUCUUCUCUCUCGAAACCACGCUGCCCACCUCCUGCGGAGUGUUCUGUCUGGUUGACGACUUGCUGGGUGUUCACAGGCUUCUCCCCUGGCUGAGCUGUGUGCAUUGUUACAGCAAUUAGGUUUCAGAAGAUGACAGUGAAAUGUGAAGAAGUUACGUUUCUUAUGUGAUACUGGAAAGUUAGUGACUGCUUGCCAAAUUUUCCUGAAAAUUAAAUAUGACUUAGAAGCACUGAUUUAUGAAGACUUAUGAUGUCAUCAGUUACAACGGAAAACAAACUCCAGCAGGCCGUGAGCCUGCAGGGAGUAGACCCAGAAACAUGCCUGAUUGUAUUUAAAAACCACUGGGCACAGGUCGUGAAGAUCUUAGAGAAGCAUGACCCCUUGAAGAACACCCAGGCAAAAUAUGGGUCCAUCCCUCCAGAUGAGGCCAGUGCUGUACAGAAUUAUGUAGAACACAUGCUGUUCUUGCUGAUCGAAGAGCAAGCCAAGGAUGCUGCGAUGGGGCCAAUUCUGGAAUUUGUGGUCUCAGAGAACAUCAUGGAGAAGCUCUUUCUUUGGAGCCUGCGGAGGGAAUUUACUGAUGAGACUAAAAUCGAGCAGCUCAAGAUGUAUGAGAUGUUGGUCACCCAAUCCCACCAGCCUCUGCUGCACCACAAGCCCAUCCUGAAGCCCCUGAUGAUGUUGCUGAGCUCUUGUUCGGGAACAACCACACCCGCCGUGGAGGGGAAGCUGGUUGUCCUCCUCAAUCAGCUUUGUUCCAUCCUUGCCAAAGAUCCCUCUAUCCUGGAACUCUUCUUCCACACUAGUGAGGACCAAGGGGCUGCCAACUUCCUCAUCUUCUCCCUUCUGAUUCCCUUCAUUCACCGAGAGGGGACAGUAGGUCAGCAGGCCCGGGAUGCUUUGCUGUUCAUCAUGUCCCUGUCUGCCGAGAACAGCAUGGUGGCCCAUCACAUUGUGGAGAACACCUACUUUUGUCCAGUACUUGCAACCGGGCUCAGUGGUCUCUACUCUUCCCUGCCUACCAAGUUGGAAGAGAAGGGUGAGGAGUGGCACUGCCUUCUGAAAGACGACUGGCUCCUGCUCCCUCCUCUCGUCCAGUUCAUGAACUCCCUGGAGUUCUGCAACGCUGUCAUCCAGGUGGCUCACCCCUUGAUUCGCAAUCAGCUUGUCAAUUAUAUUUACAAUGGAUUCUUGGUACCGGUCUUGGCUCCUGCACUCCACAAGGUGACUGUGGAGGAGGUCAUGACCACAACUGCGUAUCUGGACCUUUUCCUGCGUAGUAUCUCCGAGCCAGCGCUACUCGAGAUCUUCCUCCGUUUUAUCCUUUUGCACCAGCAUGAGAAUGUCCACAUCCUAGAUACCCUCACCAGCCGAAUCAACACCCCAUUUCGGCUCUGUGUGGUGUCCCUGGCAUUAUUUAGAACUCUUAUCGGUUUACAUUGCGAAGAUGUGAUGUUACAACUAGUUCUAAGGUACCUGAUCCCUUGCAACCACAUGAUGCUGAGCCAGAGGUGGGCCGUGAAGGAGAGAGACUGCUACUCUGUGUCUGCGGCCAAGCUGCUCGCCCUGACCCCCGUCUGCUGCUCCAGCGGGAUCACCCUGACGCUUGGCAACCAGGAGAGGGAUUAUAUUCUCUGGUCGAAGUGGACGCACGAUAGUGCAGGGACUGCUGAGCAGCCACCGGCCGAGGUGUUCUCUCCGUCGGCCUGCAUCGUGGAGUACGGCAAAGCUCUGGAUGUCAGCUAUCUGCAGUACCUGUGGGAGGCCCACGCCAACAUCCUCUGUUGCAUGAGGGACUGCCGAGCCUGGUCCGCCCUGUAUGACGGAGACUCUCCGGACCCUGAGACCUUUUGCCAGGGUCUGACAGAGGACAGUGCUCUCACCCCCACCUAUCCGGUGUUCCGGCUCCCGCAGCAGCUCCCCAGGAAGACCGGCCCCGCGCUGGCUCCAAAAAAGGACAAGAGCCAGACGGAAUUGGAGUGGGAUGAUAGCUACGACACGGGCAUCUCCUCGGGGGCAGACGUGGGUUCCCCUGGGCCUUUGGAUGAUCUGGAGAAUUCAGGCCCGCCGGCACCUGUCGAUCCCCCCAAACACAUCCAGGAGAUGAAGAAGAACGCCAUCCUGCUCUUCAAAGGGUCCUACAUCGAGGAGUCUGACUUUCAGGAUGAUGUGAUGGUGUACAGGCUAUGUGCUGAGAAGGACGCAGAGGACACGAGGGAUUCCCAGGAGGGGAGCAUGAGGCCCUCCAGCCCAGCCCAGACUGACGAUCAGGGGCCCCCCCUGAGCAACGGCCCCCUGCCCCGUGCUCGGUCAGAAACAGACUCAGAGGAGGAACAGAACAGGGACAGUUCAGACCCAUUUCAAAAGGUAUCCGAGGAAACCAAACAAGAAGACGAGCCUGAGACAGCCGUAGAAUCGAACUCUGAGUCAGCGCCUCCCCUCUCCGAGGCGGAACACAAUUCAGACCCAAUGGAGGUGAACCUGGGGGCUGACGAUUUCAUUGCCCAGUAUGACCAAAUCAUUAAGGAACUGGAUUCUGGCACCGAGGGCUUGAUAGAACAGAAGUUCCCCUCCCCUGAUCUCUUGACUCUCUCGAAAGAGCACGAGGGGAAGGAAGAAGAGAGCGAAGGAGAAAAGGAGGAAGCAGAAGAGGGGAAGAAGGCCCUGGAAGAGGAAGAGGAUGACUUUGAUUCUUUUAUAGCAGAAACCCCCACCACGGAUACCGUGCCAUCCCCGUUUGGGGCGAGAGAUGGGCCUGCCUUUGCCAGUCACCGUCCUGUGAGGACUCAGAGCACCCCAUUCACAGGCCCCUUCAUCAGCGUGGUUUUGUCGAAGCUGGAGAACAUGCUGGAGAACUCUCUCCAUGUUAACUUGCUGCUCAUCGGGAUCAUCACGCAGCUGGCCAGCUACCCCCAGCCACUCCUGCGCUCCUUUCUGCUCAACACCAACAUGGUCUUCCAGCCGAGUGUGCGUUCUCUCUACCAGGUCCUCGCAUCGGUGAAAAACAAGAUCGAGCAGUUUGCUUCCGUGGAGAGAGACUUCCCAGGGCUCCUCAUACAAGCCCAGCAGUAUCUGCUCUUCCGAGUGGACAUGUCUGACUUGACCCCCGAGUCGCUAACCAAAGAUCCCAUUCAGGAUGCUUCCAGGACAGGAAUUGGCAAGAACCUUUUGGACGGUCCCCCGAGAGUGCUUCAGCCCUUCCUGACAAGCAGAGCCAAGGUGGCUGGGGUGCCCCCAAGCCUGCCCCUGCCAGUGAGGAACACCAUGCUGGCCGCUGCCCUCUUCCCUGAGUUCCUCAAGGAACUGGCUGCCUUGGCCCAGGAACACUCCAUUCUGUGCUACAAGAUCCUGGGUGACUUUGAGGACUCCUGUUGUUAGCUUUUUUUUUUUUUUUUUUUUUUUUUUUUUUUUAAUAGAGGUUCUUGUUUUUUAAGGUUUUAGUGUCUUGACUGAAUGUUAAAUGCAAAGCUGCUUACAGAAAUUUCUACUUUGAUAUUUCCUGACAAUACUUGAUUUGCGGGGAGGGCGAUUUUCUGUCUACCUCCUCUCUCUCUAGCCGGGUCUUUCCACCUUCUGUAGAAUGUCAGUCUCAUAAGCUGGUGGCUCCUUUGGCAGGUUUUCUUUCUUCCCCCUCAAGAUUUUCGGUUGUGGGGUUUGGUGGCUUCUGGAAGUACCCCAUGUCAGAAGGCUAAUAAGCUCUUCAACAGCAGGGAAGAUGGCCCAUCUCCAUUGCCUUCUGCAUCUGGGCUCCAUUUUAUAAAAGGGAAGAAUAAAGAUGGAGCCCCUCUUGCCUCCAUCACACAAGCACAUAGCUUCCGUCCCUUUGCAUCUUCCUUCCAAGGUUUGCACUCUGCCCAACACGUUGCCUUAUGGUGCAGGCAAACCCACUGGUCUCAGCUCUCUGCUGGGAAGUCAGAUGGAGUUGCGGAGAAUUUAGAACGCCAGGAGACCUUCUUGUUGCUUGAGAGCUUUCUUUAAUCCAUGUACCACUACCUAAACACUGGAAAGAGCCUUAUUUUAGUAAGAUUUGCACAAAAUGGAAUAUACUUAUGCAAACUGUUACAUUGGUUUCUAGAAGUCUAAUCUGAUGAAGAAAGCAGGGUAUCAUAUACGUAUCAUUAUUUUUUAAGUGUUUUCUGAAAGGAAAACAAAUGAACUGGUGAAGCUGUUUCACAGGGGGCUUUUUGGUGGGGGGGGGUCAGUGGGAGUAUGAAGUGGGGAGAAAAGGAUAAAGGUAAACUAGAUGCAACUUGUAAAGACACUGGCGAUUAUUUUAGAUUCUGUUCAUGUCCUCUCCCGUGUUGCACUUUGCAGAGAAACGAACUGGACGGCCACUCUGGGACCUGGGAUGUGAGUGUGGACAGGUCCCGGGGAACCCUGCAAAGCUCAGUGCCUGCCGGUGACUCAUUGCAUGCAGCAGUGCUGCCUUCUGAGUAAUGGGGUUCAUUAGAAGGUCCCAACAUGAUGCAUUAGCGCCUCUGUGCUGCUUGGCUGCCUGCUCCAAGAGGUGCAAUUAUGCUUAGCACCAGUCUCCUUAAGCCACCAAAAUAACUGUGUGUUAAAGAUGAGACCAUAAACAGCUGAUGUCUGUGGAUAUUCAGCACCGCCCCCGCUUUGGGCAGGUGAGAAGCACAAAACAAGGGUGAUGGGCCUCCCUGUUGGGAGGAAAAAUGGAAGCCCCAGCUUUCCUUUUUUUUUUUUUUUUUUUUUGGUGGGCGGGGCUGCCCGGGGGCAGCCCUACGCGUGGUGCCAGGAGUGUGGGUCUGGGCUUAAUCAGGCCCCAGGGGUGGGGGGAGGGAGGCAGAAUCACAACCUAGACCCUGCAGGGCAGAGACGGCUGCCCUUCUCUGCCUUGUGUGGAUCUUGGAGCAGCUCUGUGUAGAGAGAGAGCCAGCCCUCUAUUCCAGCCGUGGAAUGAGGACCUCAGAAGACCUGGUCUGGGCUAGGAGACUCUUACCAGCCAGCCUCCCUGUGCUUCCCAGUCCAAGCAAGAAACCAAAGACGUCCGCUUCUGGCUUCACAUCUGUCUGUCUUGAAAAAUGGUCUGCCCCGCUGUGGUCCGCAGUGGGAACGUCUGUGGCCCACCAGACUGGCCGGUUUGUGGCUUCCUGUCACUCACUGGUACUGGCAAACCUCCAGCUCUCCCCUGGAAAAGAAGGUGACUUAAGGUAGAGAAAAAGGGACAGGAAGAUGGAAUUUAAGCUGUAAUUUAUUGUCCUCUAGCUUUGUUUUGCACAAGUGUUUAUCUUCCAGUUUGGACAUACCAGGUAUGUAAAAUGCAAACGUCAUACCUGGAAAAGUGCAUUUCUUAGCUCUUUGAUGUGAUGCACACCAGUCUCCCUUAUCUGGUGUUGGCAUUGAUUCUUCUUCAGUCUGUUGCUUUAUCAUAGAACUCCACAGCCUCGAGUAGAAGGUGCCCUUUUAGGAAAGACAUGGCUUUUGCGCCUCCUAGCAUUUUUUAAAAAAUAGGUACUGAACUAGACUCACCUUAAAGGAGGACAGGGAUGACUAGUGUCUGCGGUGGGAGGCAGGGAAAUUAACUUCUGCGCAGUCGGUGGGGGGUGGGGGGCGCUGGUAGCAAACUCACAUGAUAACCCUAUUUGGAGUUGGGUACUGGUUCAUCUUUCUGAAUCCAGUACAGGCCUCCUCCAGAGUAUGGCAUUCAGGGGUUUUAAAAAUGAAGUCAGAAACAUGACUGGGAAAUACAUUAUGGAGACCUGGAAAACCCCACACGGUAAGGAAAACAGCCAGGUGGCUUAGCUGAGGAUGGCUCAGGGAAUGGUGUGGACAUAAAAGGAGAAACAGCAGAGUCCUGAGGCGGUAAAUAGGAGAAGGACAAAUCCUGAGGGGUUCAGAGGAAAGAGCUUUGAUCUAGGCAGAUUUGAAGAUACUGUCCAGCAGGCGGGUGAUGAUGGGAAUGCCUUGGUGGGAAAAAAGAAGGAAGUAGAAUAUUCCAAUCAAAGUUAUAGGCGAGGCCCUUAGAAAUUUGGUUUUUUUGUCAUGUGUUUGGGAAAACUCUGUGAAGAUACUGGCAUGCUUUAAAAAGUGGUCACAGAGUGUGGUCACUUCUCCACAUGGCAAGCUCCCCCUCAGAUGCUGUGGUACUUGCUAGAGGGCACAGUUUUGCCACAGCCCUGAGGUUGGCGUCGCUGUGUCUAGCAUGAUGGUCCUGGGCAGCAAAAGCGACGGGAAGGUUCCUGGAACCUCACACAUAAAUUUCAAUUCAUAAUGCUGGGUCUGAGGCAAAGUUCUAGAUAGAGUGAAUUUUAUGAUUCAGAGUAUAUGCGAGCAAUGGGAUAUUUAAAAUGGACUUUUGGAAAUCACCAAGUAAAUGUUUUUAAAAUUUCAAGCAAAGAAAUUCCAGGUGAGUUUAGCCUCAAAUACGGUUUCUUGGGGGGUACAUUACAAUUCCUCAGCCAUGAAAUGGGGAUGCUGGAGUAACCAGUUAAAGAGAUGUGAUUUUCGUUAUCAAUAGAGAACUUCCUUUCCUCAGUAUUUAGAGGAAUCAUGAAACUGCUGCCCUUUUGCCUUGUACUGUCUUAGAAAAUAAUUUGAUGUAUUGAUGGGUUGGAACUGAGGUCUCUAUCAUGUGUAGGGAGGGCGUGUUCAGGUCUUUCUUGGGUUCCCAGGAGUACCUUUGUGGCUAGUGGCUUUAAUUUAGACCAGAUGUAGUUGAUUUCCAAUCUACUGAGACCUCGUGGAGCCGUGGUGUUGUCCCGAGAGUGACCUCGCGGGAACAGGUUCCAAAAACAGGACAUGAGAGUAUUUGGGUUGCCUGUUCCAUUUGGGCAGCCAGCGGUACUCAGGGUGGAGAGCUGUUUUGAUGUCUCUGAAUGCGCUUGGUUGCCGUGGUCGUGUUGGGUUGACGUCCAGCUCUGUUCCGAAGUGCGGGCUUAUGGAAGGGCUGUGCAUUCUUCGUCCGGAUCCGUGUGCCUAGGUCACACUUGGAACGGAGGGGGUCCAUGGAGGUCGGGGUGGAGGCUGCAGCGCAGGUGUUAUGGGAAGUGUGUCCAGCAUAAGCUCUGGUUCUUUUAAGGGCAGCUCGGAUUAAUUGCUAAUUACCGGCCCUGCAUUUAUUGACAUGGCUCUCAAGCUUGCCAUUUUUAUGAAACAUUCUAUUGCAGAACAGCUAUUCUUGCAUGUGCUCCUUCAGGUCAGUGGCCGGGGCCGGCGUACCUGUGGCUUGCUGUGAAUCUCAGCCAGCUCUGCAGUGUUGGCUUUUCCUGGAAGCUGUGGUCCUCUGGCAGCUGGGGCCACCCCUGCUCUCAGUCACUGAGAACAUCCUUGCAGGUCCCUUCCUGCUUCAGCCCUCAUUCUGUCAACCACAGCCCUCCCUGUCCAUCAGAUCACAGCCUAACACAGAACACUGUAGAACCGGUUUCUACUCUAGCCUUAAAUCACAUCAUCGAGGAAGCAUUUUUAGAAAAUGGAGUUGGAAAAAAAAAAAAUGGAGUUGAUUUUCUUUUUUCCCUCUAAACCGGAUUUAGAGCAAGCUCUUUGGAAGACUUAAGAAUUGUUUUGGGCAAUUUUGCCUCAGUGAAUCCUCUCUAUGAUCACACGUUUGUUAGGCCAUUACUUGUUUCAGAGAACAGAUUACCCUCGCGGCUUGUUAACUGGAUAAACAUGGCAUUAGUGAAAGACUUUUGGUGAGGUUCUGCAGAAAGAUGGGGACGGGGCGGGGAAAGCCUUUAGUUCCUUGGUGCCUGUACUUAGGAUGCUAAGAAAGAUGAUGAUUUUAGCUAGGACUGACCCUUCCCAUCCCACUGGGUUGUUGUGUAUUUUGUUCCUUGUCUCAAGACAUGUGAGUAUACUUAACUCACUGUCAGCCAUACAAGUUACCAGACCGCCCAUAGGCAUGGUCAGUAUGCGUUCAGUGUGUCAUUCAGGCUCUUUUGGGGAGCUUAAAUUUACUAUGUCAUUUCAGAACCUGACAAGGGUGAUGGAAGCUCUUGGGCCAGAUUAUAAAUUUCAUGGAGCUGAGGCUGCAAAAGUCCGUGCUUCUGAGUAUGUCCGCUGACUUUUUAUUGGGACAAGUCUGCAGAAGACCUGUAACAAGGUCCCUUUCUGUCCUGGAGAUAUUUUUAAGAGGGGAUUUGGUGUUGAUCUUACUUAAAUGAUUUUUGCUAAAAUUGUUUGACUAAGGGAGUCAAUGAGAGAAUUUCAGAGAUUCUAUCCAUCUCUCACUUAAGGGUCAGCCAUGUUCACAAAUAACCCAUGAAUAUGUUUGUCUAAGAUCUGCCAGAGAAGUGUGGUGGCCGUUUCUGUGCUGCUCCUGGUCCUGGGUAAAUAAUGUGGCCUUUGAGACAGACUCAGUGUGUGUUUUUUUCCCCAAGAGUCACUGUGUAGAAUCCUUGAAAUGAUGCAGCACAUUCAACAGAAAUGAAAAAGAUGAUAUGAAUUGUGGGUCAUUCCCAUAAGCUGUGUAUUGAGUUAAUCAACUCAAAGCUCUAGGAGGGUGUGUACUUUAAAAAGUUCCAUUGCCUUAUUCCAGAUAAGCAAUAAUUACAAAAGUGUACAUGUGUAAGCUCAGCUAAAACUUGCUAAACUUGGUAUAAAUAACAAUUAGCUUCCUCUUCCUGGGGCAUUUUUAUUUUGAAAGACAGUAAGAGAAGUUCACCUUGAUACAUAAGCCUGGACAGAGUCAAGAAGCUCCUUCCCAGACCCAGAUGUCCAGAAUUUAAAAGCCUACCUGUUGGCAGCACCAACCUCUCAUACCAAAAGUCCCCACAAAAGGCUGUCUGCUAAUUUUGCUUUAUAGAUUUAAUCAACAUUUGCUAAAGUUAUUCUGUGCCAGGUAGUGUGCUGAGUGUUGAGGCUGACGUUCCUGACCUCCCACCAGAACCAACCAACCUCCUUUUCAAGUAACAGAACACAUGGUUUGGGCAUGGCCAGGUAAAGCUGGUUCACGCCGACCUGGGGAAGAGCCAGUUUUCCAGCACAUUCCCCUCUCAGCCUAUAGGUGUGUGGAUUCCAAUGACAGAUGGCAAUGGCUUUACCGAGGACACCACUCCUACAUUUUAAUGACAUUUCCAUUGGAACAGCAAACAAAGAAGCAGACUGAAUUCUCACUCAUGCAAAAACGUAUUUAAAACUGUAUCUGAGGUCUGUUUAUGAGCAGAGCCAUACUCUGUGAAUUUCUGACAUUGUUAUGCAAACAUAUCUUUUGAAUAUACAAUUAGGUUCCAAGGAUGAGAUCUGAGCUAUGCUUUGAUUUCGCUUUUUUUAUUAGCAGUUGUAACAACAUUAACUGUCCAAUAUUCAGAAUUUCAGAAGUGGGCAUUUGAGACCAUGGGGCAGCUGUCAGAGAUGGACAGUCAUCACCAUAAAGAUCAGGUGUUCUCAUGAUGGCAUUUUUCUCUGGAAGUGAUCAGUUCAUGACACAGUUUACAUCAGAUGUAGAAGUUUUGGUAAACUGUUUCCAUCCAGCUGCCUCCCCACCCCCAUCACCCAUUUAAGCAAGGCCUUGAUUUUAAAAUGAUCUGGAAAGAUGCCCCAGUGGCUUCUGUGAAGUCUCAUGUCCAAGAAGCCAGAUCUUUGGUGAAAAAUGGGAGUUUGUAAAACAAAACCAAACCCUAUUAUUUCUUACAAAACAAUCCUGCCAGAAUCCAGUCUCAGACUGUCUUGCCUAUUUGCAAUUCAGACUUGCAGUGCGAGGAGAGAGAAUGGACUCUUUCUCUCUGGAAAAGGAAAAAAAAAAUCUUAGUUCUGGGUCUCAUAGUUUUCAGUAUUGAAGAGAAUGCAUUCGGGCUACAAAGCCUCCUGGUGAGGGAACACCUCCUCUCACAAUAUUCUGAGUCUCUCAUGGUUUUUUAAGUUUUUGUUUAAAACCUUACCUCUUCAUGCUUGUCUGGAGUAAACCACACACAACUGGUUUCCUUUCUGUCUCUGCUUUUCGGGCUAGGUCAGAGGGAGGCUUUCGUGCCACUCUGAGGUAGGGAAGUCCUGGGCAGUGGCCGGCAGCGGGAGCCGGGUUCAUUGCUACACUGACUAUAAGGAAGGUCUGCUCGUCUCCAGGGCCCCCAGCUGCCAAAGCAGCCCCGUCUGUGAGGGCAAUGCUUGGAUUCUCCUUAGCAGCUAGGGGAUUCAGUGCAAAAUCUGAGACUCCGAAGAGUCUGUUCUUCUCCUGAUGCCAGUUUGACAUGUGCUUUUUAAAAGCAGCCUUUGCGAAACCGGUCUACGUGUGGGGAGUCAGAGGGAACAGAGGCACUCAGGGCGCAAAGAGGCGCUCCGGUGCAGGAGAGAGAAGUGCAUGCCUGUCCCAAGCACCGGGGUGAAGGCGGCCCACCCUUCAUGAAGAUGUUGUCAAUGGCAUCACAAUUACUGUUUAAGGUCAAGAUUCUGAUGUACUAGCUUAUAAUCUUAUUCUUCCCAGGCAAAACAAAUCAAUGUUACAGCUUUUUUCCCCCCUUUUUAUCUUUCUUUGGCCUGGGUGGGGGGGAGAGGGAGUUGUCAACUGCACAAUCUUUGAAGUGUAAGUUAAUUUUUUAUGUGAUAUUCCAGUAUAUAUUUUAUUCAUUAAAUCUCUUUGAAAACUUG